AGAGAGAGAGAAAGGACGGGGAGGAGGCAGAGGGAGGGAGUAAACCUCUGUCACUCACUAGAACCACUGCCAUCAUAUUGGGGUCUGGGAGAGCUCCAAGUCGUUAAAUCGUGUGCUGCAGGAAGUUGAGCCAGAGAGAGAGACCACGAGAGGCACUGAGAAUCAGGGGCUCUGCUAUCCUGUAAGCAAGUCCUCCAGCUGCUGACUGCAUCAGAUCAAGACCUCUCCACCACAGUUCUACUCUAACCCUCUGGGCUCUUUCCCUCCUUCCACAUCAGACCUGAAUAUGGCCACGCUCUGAAGAAGGAAGUUGCCAUGACAAGCCUCCCAUCUUCUUUGGGCAUGAAGCUAUGGCUUCCCAUAUCUGUCAUGGCCUUCAUAAGACAAGGAGAAUGAAGAACAUGGAAAACAAAAUGUGGAAAACCAAAGUCAUCCCCAUUCAGGCCUCAAGCCUUCUCAGUACUCUUUCUUCAGGACACCUGAAGCUUGAAUCAUACAUAGUUUGAUCAUAAGAUAUUAUCUUCAGGUCUUAUCAUUAUAAGGAGUAAGAACUGAAACUUGAACCUUAUUUCACCCAAACUUAUUUUACUGAUGAAGAAACUGAAACUUGGAAAUAAAUACUGAUUUACUCAAGGUCAUGCAGGAAGCCGAGCUGAAAUUUAAGUCCUCCAUCUCUGAACCUAGAGUCUUCUCCAUUCUAUCCUGCUCUCAUUUAUUCAGCCGGGAAGUCCAUAUCAGCACUGCCUGGUUAGGAUCCAUUACUCUAUCUCUUGAUUUAAUUAGGAAAGGAAAUCUAAUGAAUCAUUAAAGCCUUAAUGGGUAUGGAUAUUUAAAUAAAAAGACACCAUUUAUUGAAGAGCUUGCUCAAGAAAUCUGAUCCCAGAAACUUUGCUGUGUUGUAGUCUUAAAAGUUGGAGGUCCCAGAUGGAUGCUGACAGCCAAGACUCAAGCUGGCACCAGGUUUUGAUUGGCCUGGUGCUCAUAUUCCUAAUCCUCAUCACAGUCCUGGGUAAUGUGGUGGUGUGCCUGGCUGUGGGGCUGAACCGCAGGCUCCGGAGCCUCACCAACUGCUUCAUUGUGUCCUUGGCCAUCACCGACCUCCUCCUGGGCCUCCUGGUGCUCCCAUUCUCCGCUGCUUGUGAGCUGGGCCAGACAUGCAACUUUGAAGAGCCCCUUUGUAAAAUUUACACCAGCCUAGAUGUGAUGCUCUGCACUGCCUCCAUCCUCAACCUCUUCAUGAUCAGCCUGGACCGCUACUACGCCAUCACCGCUCCGCUGCGCUACACCAUGGUGGUGACGCCCAAGCGGGUGGCCAUUGCUCUGAUCUUCAUCUGGAUGAUCUCCAUCACGUUCUCCUUCCUGCCCAUCCAUUUAGAGUGGAACACCCAAAACAUCACUAACUCGAACUUGACUCCCAGUAAAUGCAAACUGCAGGUCAACAAGGCCUACGGCCUGGUAGACGGCCUGGUCACUUUCUACAUCCCCCUGCUGGUGAUGUGCGCCACCUACUAUCGCAUUUUCAAAAUUGCCCGUGAACAAGCCAAGAGAAUUAACCACAGCUACUACAACAAGGCUGUCACCAUCCGCGAGCACAAAGCCACCGUCACCUUGGCGGUUGUGAUGGGGGCUUUUAUCAUCUGCUGGUUUCCCUACUUCACGGUGUUUGUUUACCGAGGAAUAUGGGGUGACAUCAAUGAGACCUGUGAAACCAUCGUCCUGUGGCUUGGCUACGUCAACUCAGCUCUGAACCCCAUCCUGUAUGCAGCUCUGAACAGGGACUUCCGCACGGCAUACCAGUGCCUCUUCUGUUGCAAGGGCAGGGGUAUCACUUCCAGGGGGUCCUCCCUGUCUCCUAGCACCUCCCGCCAAUCCCAGACCCAGUCCCACCAAGUCACCCUAGGACUUCAGGAAGAGACCUCUCUGAGACUCCCAGUGCAGAACGGAAGCGAAGCCCCGUUCCCCCAGGAGCCAGAUAAUUUGGAAACUUCAAGUUUGGCUGGCCAGAGAUGAGAAACUGAGAACCAAGGAAGAGAUUAAAUAACGUGACCAAGGUUGUACAAGAACUCUGGACAGUUUCCUAAGUCUCCAUGAUUCCGGUUGUAGAAAAUCCCAGUCCUUUCCUAUUUCAAUUGAAGUUAAGGCCAUGCUUACACUUACAACUGGAAACAGGAAAGGCAGAAGCAGGGCUCUUUGGAAGCCUUUUCUGGCCUAUACUUCCAACUCUAGAAUCAUCCUUACCUGCUGGGAAAAUGUGUGGGACUUGAAGUUCCUCAGGAAGCAAGUGGAGGAAUCUGAGGGAGGAUUUUCUGACAUACUGAGAACACCACCAACCCAGAUCACUCAGGACAUCACUUCUCAGACCACUGAGGACAUCACUCACCAAGAUAUGUUGGAAACCAUCCCUGCCAACGAGGGCAGCAUUCCCAAAAUCAGCAGGUUACUAAGGACACCAUCCCCAGGUCCACAAGGCCAUCUUGCUACUCUCAAUUCACUGAGUACAUUAUUUUCCUCUGCAUUGUUGACUUUUAUUUCCUAUGAUCUGAUCAGGAAAUAUUCAAGACAAGCCCAUAUGUCAGUCUGGGAGAAAAAUAAUUCAGGAGUUUUCAAACUAUGAGAUCAAAGAACAUGAAUUUAAAUUCCUGGAUGUCAGAAAACUGUUUAUAAGUCUCCCCUUAUUGAGAAAUAAGUCUCCAAACAUAAGUAUGUGCACACUUGUGCACAUGUGACUCCUGGCUGAGACAGAGAAAGAAUUCACUCAUUAAAAACCUUGUCAAUCAUUUGGGAAAUUACAACCUCGAGAGAAGGAAGCAAAAAAAAAAAAAAAGAGAGAGAGAGAGAAAAUGUUCCUUUAAUCUUCAUUCAGCCAGGAUAAGAGCUACAGAGGCACCUGUAGGUCCCUGAAAUACCUUCCCUUAUCUUCCCCACUGAAAUCUAUAGCCCAGCUCACUUCAUAUCCAACCACAGCUUAAAGCAAGGAAUUCACACCUUCUUUUAUCUCAUUUAGGCUGAGAAGAUCCCACCUUAUAAUAGUCCAAUCAAGAAGGGGCCUCUAAGGAGCUUUUGAUCCUGAAACACACACACACACACACACACACACACACACACUGAGAAUUGUGAAUUCAGAGAUGUUCAAUAGACUGAGCACUGUCUCAGGGAGAAACUGGGUAAUGUAAGGAGACUGGCAGAAGGUAAGAGGGUCAAAAGGAGUAUGAGAAGAAGAUAUGAAGUGAGGGAUGUGAGGGGAAAGAAGGGAAAUAAGCACUUAUGUGAUCUGUACUGUGUGCCAGGAAUGAUGCUAAACACUACUUUUGGAUAAAUGAAGUAGCAGGCUUAGAAGUGGAGAAGGAAGUGAACACAAGAAGGAAGAUGUGAGAGGGAAGAUUGGGAGGAGGUGUACCAGUUCAGGAAUGAAGAGCAUCUGAGAUAUAAGACAAGGGAGUUUAGGGAUAGGGAAAGAAAACAGAGUAAAAGUUGUGAAUAUGAAAAUGAUAUGAAGGCAAGGGGAAGCAGGGGGAAAGGAAAUAAGGAGAAUAUAAAAUGAAACAUGAAGAGAAUAGAUAAGAAAUGAUAGAUUGAGGAACUGAGAGUCUAGAAAGUGAGUUGAAAACAUGGAGCUAAGGGACUAAGUAAGCACUACUGAAGUCUCCUUUAUGUUCUUAUAGAUCCUCCUUAAACCCUUGCAGAAUUUUUAACUUCUGUAAAGAAAAGAUUCUCUUCCUCUCCAAGUAACACACACACACACACACACACACACAC